AGAGGUGGUGGCAGAGGUAGAGGCCAAGCUGGGGAUGCCGCCCCUGAGGUUCGGAGGCUGGGGUUUAAGGCCCUGGAGGAGCUCUCGGGGAAAGAGCCAUCAGAAGUGGCCAUCACCUUGUCGUCCAGCGCAGGGCUGCAAGCUCUGCUGGAGGAGAAGGAGAUGGGCCACAACCUCAUACAGCUGCUCUGUCAGACUCUGAGAAAGGCCAUCGGCUCCAAAACCGACCGCAUGAUCGUGCAGCACCUGGUCGGAGUGGUGAAGGAUUCGGGAUUCCUUCGGAUGGUGCUCCCUCACUACAUUGUGGGAAUGAUGUCAGACUACGUCCCUGGUCGCAGGGCACAGUAUCCACAGCACUUGGACAACAUCAUAAGCCUCCUCUCAGAUGUGGUCAGCAUCUUCCCGGCCAGCUCUGUCCAGGUGACCUCCAUGCUGGUGGCCCUCUUAAAGCCAGCCAUCAAUGGGCUGCGAGCCGCCGGAGUGGACAUCCCCGAUCACACUGAGCAGAACCUGGAGAAGAUUCAGGGCCUCGUGGCUCACCUUCAGGAAAAAGCAAGGGACGGGACCCUGAGGUCAGACAACUACACCUUCCUCAACCCCGAAGAGGACGCCCCGCCGGGAGAAGGGGACUUCCGGACCAUGACCAUCUACCCAACGCCCGAGGAGAUUCACCAGGGCCAGAAGCCCUUCCUGCGGCCAAACAUCACCUCCUGCAGCUACCCCAGCAGCCUGGUAUACCUGGACACGCACUUCCGGCUCCUGCGGGAGGACUUCGUGCGCCCGCUGAGAGAGGGCAUCAGGGAGCUGCUGCAGAGCUACCAGGAGCAGAGCCUGGGGCAGGUGCCCGUGAAGAGGAAGCGCUUCGAUGACAUAAGGGUUUAUUUCGACGCUCGUCUGGUGGUCCCUCUGUGCACCCCGACAGGGACUGCCUACAAAGUCCAGUUUGACCCACGCCCUCUAAAGUUUGUGCGCUGGCAGAACUCCAAGCGGCUUCUCUACGGCUCCCUGGUCUGUAUGUCCCGCGACAACUUUGAGACGUUUCUGUUUGCCACCGUGUCAGACCGGGACCCUGCAGAUUUGCAGAAGGGUCUGGUCCAGCUCAGUUUUUGUCGGGACAGUCGUCAGGCUCUGGCUGGGGUGCAGGUAUCCCAUUCUUUCCUCAUGGUGGAGACCACAGCCUAUUUUGAGGCCUACCGCCAUGUCCUUGAAGGGCUGCAGGAGCAGGAAGUAGACGACCUGCCCUUCCAGAGGUACAUAGUCAGGUGCAACACAGAUGUACAUCCUCCUGCCUACCUUCAUAUGGGGGAGAAAUACAACCUGGCCGCAAUAGCAGCUCCUGGGUUUGGAGCUGACCUGCAGCCCUUUAAUGUUCAGGACCCCCAUGCCUGGCCCAGCAUGGAGCAGCUUGGUUUAGACGAGUCCCAGAUGAGGGCGCUCAAAUUAGCGCUCACCAAGGAGCUGGCCAUCAUACAGGGACCCCCCGGCACAGGAAAGACCUACGUGGGUUUGAAGAUUGCUCAGGCUCUUCUGACUAACACACAUGUGUGGCAGCAUGGUGCUGUCAAUUCCCCUGUGCUGGUCGUCUGUUACACCAACCAUGCCCUGGACCAGUUCCUGGAAGGAAUCCACGGGUUCCUGGAGAAGGGGAUUGUGAGGGUGGGCGGCCGCAGCAACAGUGAGAUCAUGAAGCGUUUCACCCUGAGGGAGCUGACCUGGGGCCCCGAGUUCCACCGCAGCCUGCCGGCCCAUCUGCGCCGCGCCCAUUUCGAGAUCAGUGCGGAGCUGGCCCAGGCCGAGCAGCGCAUCCUCCAGCAGGCAGGGCAGCUGGAGUGUAGCCUGCGCGGGGUCCUCCACGAGCAGUUCCUGGAGAGGUUCAUCUCCGAGGACCACUGGGACAGCCUGAGCAACCAGCCUAUGUGGGAUGGGUUCGAGUGCUAUGGAGUGAAGCAGUCGAUGAUCCUGGAGUGGCUGGGACUGGGGUCCUCUGAAUUCCAGCAGAGGGGACGUGAGCCAGCUGCUCAGAACGCCGAAGAGGAAGAGGAGGAGCUGGAGCAGGAAGAGGAGGAGGAGCUGGUGGAGGUGGAGGAAGAAGCGGCUCUCAUCCAGGCCGAGCGGAUCAUCGAGGAGGCGGAGCUUCACGGCAAAGGCGCCAACAAGAAGAAGAAAGCGGACCUGGCAGUGAAGGAGUUGGCAGGAAUGAUGCUGGCUCUGAACCUGGAUCACACUGAGAGGGAGCCUGGACAGAGCCAAGAUGGCUGGCAGAUGCAGCGGGCUCAGAAGAAGAAGAUGAAGCAGAGGAUCCGCAGGGAGCUGGCGAAGAACGAGGCCAUGAGCGAGCAGGAGGAGGCGGCGGUGCAGGACGUGUGGAGGCUCCGCCUGCAGGACCGGUGGAGGCUCUACCGGUUGUGGCUGUGGCGCUACCAGACGGACAUGCGCAUGCGGGCCCUGCAGUCAGAGCAGGCCUAUCAGGACGCGGCCGAGCGCCUGGCUGAGAUCCGCAUGCGUCAGCACCUGUGCGUCCUGCGGGAGGCACGCGUGAUCGGCAUGACGACCACCGGCGCUGCCAAGUACCGCCAGGCCCUGCAGGAGAUCGGCCCCCGCCUGAUCGUGGUGGAGGAGGCGGCCGAAGUGCUGGAGGCCCACACCAUCACCACCCUGAGCCGUGCCUGCCAGCACCUCAUCCUCAUCGGGGACCACCAGCAGCUGCGCCCCAGUGCCACCGUCUACGAGCUGGCGAAGAACUUCAACCUGGAGGUGUCGCUGUUCGAGCGGCUCGUCAGGCUCGAUUUCCCCUUCGUCCGGCUAAACUACCAGCACCGCAUGCGGCCGGAAAUCGCCCGUCUCCUGACUCCGCACAUCUACUCUGAGCUGGAGAACCACCCAUCUGUCCUGGAGUACGACAGCAUCAAGGGGCUUCUCUCGAACCUGUUCUUCGUGGAGCACGAGUUCCCCGAGGAGGAGAUCCAGGACGGGCGGAGCCACCAGAACCGGCACGAGGCCCUCUUCGUGGUGGCACUGUGCCGGUACCUUCUGUGCCAGGACUACCAGCCGUCCCAGAUCACCAUUCUCACCACCUACACUGGGCAGCUGCACUGUCUGCGCAAGCUGCUCCCGGCUGCGCAGUUCUCGGGAGUCAAGGUCCACGUGGUGGACAAGUACCAGGGGGAGGAGAACGACAUCAUCCUGCUUUCGCUGGUCCGCAGCAACCCGGAGGGGCGCGUGGGCUUCCUGCAGAUCGCCAACCGGGUCUGCGUGGCCCUGUCCCGGGCCAAAAAGGGCCUCUACUGCAUCGGGAACCUGAACAUGUUCGGGAAGGUGCAGCUGUGGAGCAAUAUCCUGCACACGCUGCGGGAGAGGGGCCAGGUGGGCCGCUCGCUCAUCCUGUGCUGCCAGAACCACCCCAACACCCGGGCCCUGGUCUCCUGCGCCGACGACUUCAAGCAGGCGCCCGAGGGGGGCUGCCAGAAGCCCUGCGAGUUCCGCCUGGACUGCGGCCACGUGUGCACCCGCGCCUGCCACCCCUACGACGCCGACCACAAGAAGUUCGAGUGCCUCAAGCCCUGCCAGAAGGUGCUGUGCGCCCUGGGGCACCGCUGCGCGGCGCUGUGCUACCAGGAGUGCCCCGACUGCCGCGUGCGGGUGAAGAAGGUCAUCCCCUACUGCGGGCACAAGCAGAUGGUGCCCUGCUACAAGGACCCGCUGGACUUCGUCUGCCAGGAGCCCUGUGGGAAGAAGCUGAAAUGCGGGCACCGCUGCGCCGCCCCGUGCGGCGACACCUGCACCUCCCGCUGCAUGGUGACGGUUACCAUGGAGCUGCCGUGCGGGCACAGGCAGGAAGACCCCUGCCACUACAGCAGGUCGGGAACGGGGACGCCCGCCUGCCGAACGCCAUGCCAGGCCACGCUCAAGUGCGGGCAUCCCUGCCCGGGCACCUGCCACGAGUGCCACCAGGGCCGCUUCCACAGGGCCUGCCAGCAGCCGUGCGGCCGGCCCCUCGUCUGCUCGCACCCGUGCCAGGAGCCCUGCACACGCGAGUGCCCGCCCUGCCGGAAGCCCUGCCAGAACCGCUGCGUGCACAGCGCCUGCAAGAAGGCCUGCGGCCAGCCCUGCGCCCCUUGCGUGGAGCCCUGCGCCUGGCGGUGCCCGCACCAACAAUGCAGCAAGCUGUGCCACGAGCCCUGCGACCGGCCGCCCUGCAACCGCCCCUGCGCCAAGACCCUGCCCUGCGGGCACCCCUGCAUCGGCCUCUGCGGGGACCCCUGCCCCGACAAGUGCCGCGUCUGCCACCACGACGAGGUGACCGAGAUCUUCUUCGGCGAGGAGGACGACCCCAUGGCCUUCUUCAUCCAGCUGGAGGACUGCGGCCACUUCUUCGAGUCCGCCGCCAUGGACAAGUACAUGGGGCUGGACGAGGCCGCCGAGGCUGAGCAGGACCAGCUGGCCAUCCGGCUGAAGGAGUGCCCCAAAUGCCGCACGCCCAUCCGCAGGAACCUGCGCUACGGCGCCCACGUCAACCGCAGCCUCAACGAGAUCGAGAAGGUCAAGGCCAAGAUCAACGGCUCGGCCCCAGCCAUUAAGAGGGGGCAGGAGGCCCUGCUGGAGCUCCUCAAGGGAAAGGUUAACCUGCACCAUUACCUGCCCCAGGAGCACCAUCAGCUGAAAGAGCAGCUGUCGCAGUCCGACCUGACCCUGCGUGCCCUGUGGGUGCUGGAGAACAAAAUAGCCUUCCUGGAGAGUCUGGGGAAGCUGAUGAAGAUGAUGAAGAAGCACAUGUCAGGCGACGACGGGGAGCGCUUCACCCUGCGGGUGGGCGAGUGCCUGGGGUGGCUGGGCCACCCUCUGCAGAGGUUCUCCGAGCAGCAGACGUCAGACCUGCAGUGCGAGGUGCAGAGACUCAAUGCGCUGGCCGAGCUCAACGCGCGCUGCAAGGGGACCAGCAGCCAGGCGCUGGGAGCCAAGAUUCACGCCGAAAUAAAAGCCGUCAGGACCGUCUUAGAGGGAACCUCCCCCUUCACCCAGGAGGACGAGGUGUGGGUGAAGCAGGCGCUGAAGGACCUCGCUGACAAGCUGCCCUGCAGCGGCUUGGGCAUCACGGACGAGGAGAGGAUCAUGAUCGUCAACGCCGUGGGGCUGCCGAAGGGACACUGGUACAAGUGCCCCAACGGUCACGUUUACGCCAUUGGAGACUGCGGGGGUGCCAUGGUGAGCCGAAAAUGCCCAGAAUGCAACGCCACCAUUGGCGGGGCAAACCACGCCCUGGCCAGCGGGAACCAGGUGGCCACAGAGAUGGAUGGGGCUCAACAUGCAGCCUGGUCUGAGCAAGCCAACAUCCUGAACUUUGACCUCAAUCAACUCAGGCUCUGACCCGCAAGACACAGAUGACAGAUUUAUAAAAUGAACAUAUUACAACCUACACCAUGGUGUAAUACCGUAUCCUUUAAAAUAAUUUCAGAGAUGCAUUACCAUAUUGAAAGGUUUGCACCAAAGAAAAAACAUUG